AUGUUUGAAGCUCAAGCAAUUUGCACUCGAACAAGGCUCCAAUUACCUAUUUUUACCAGAAACUGCAUUUCCAGACCCAGAAUUGGCUUUGUGGCUACAAUUUCAAAUCCAAAUGAACUGUUGUGCCAAACCCACUCUUGCUCUUUCUUGUAUCCUCCGGAGGACAUUAGAACUCAGACCCGUUUCACAUUCAAUGCUUCCUCAUCUUCAGUUGGAAGUGCAGAAUACAUAGAGGAACCCGCUACCAAAGUGAGAUUUCAGACAUCUUUGAGCUUGCCAGGUUGCUUGAUUUCAUUGUCGUUGCUUGGAACCGGAUACAGGGAAAAAGUCUUUGCAAUUAUUGGCGUUAAAGUCUAUGCUGCAGGGCUAUAUGUGAACCAGUCCAUCUUAAAUAGUUUGAAUGCUUGGAAAGGAAGAUCAGCUGCUGAGAUUCAAGAGGAUUCGUCAUUGUUCAGCACCAUUUUUCAAUCUCCCCUGGAGAAAUCAUUACAGAUUGUUCUGGUUAGAGAUGUUGAUGGUAAAACUUUUUGGGAUGCCUUGAAUGAUGCUAUCUCCCCAAGAAUCAAAUCACCCACUCCUGUUGAUGAAUCAGCACUGUCCAAAUUCCGUAGUAUCUUCCAAGGGCAACCCCUUAAAAAGGGAACUUUCAUAUUUUUGACUUGGCCAGACCCUUUGAAAAUGCUUGUUUGCAUCUCCGCUGAUGGGCUUCCGUCUAGUGUGGAUGCUGCAAUAGAAUCAGAAAAUGUGGCUUUGGCUCUUUUCGAUGUAUUCUUCGGAGAUACUCCAGUUUCUCCCUCCUUAAAAUCAUCCGUUGUGAAUGGACUGGAAUCAGUCCUCAAGUAG